CUCUCUCUCUACAAAAGCACCAUUAGUCCACCACCCAAAAACCCUAGAACUCUGAAGAGUGCAAAUGGGCAGAGGAAAGAUUGUGAUCCGAAGGAUCGACAACACGACGAGCAGGCAAGUGACCUUCUCGAAGCGAAGGAAGGGCUUGAUCAAGAAGGCCAAGGAGCUCGCUAUUCUCUGUGAUGCCCAAGUUGGGCUCGUCAUCUUCUCCAGCACCGGAAAGCUGCAUGAGUAUUCUAGCACCAGCAUGAAGUCAAUUUUCGAAAGAUAUCAGACAACGAAAGAAGAACAUCAGCAGCCUCUCAAUCCGUUAACCGAUGUCAAGUUUUGGCAAAGGGAGAUGGCAGUAUUAAAGCAAGAAUUGAAGAAUCUACGUGAAACCCACGGGAAGCUGAUGGGGGAGCAACUCAGCGGACUAAAUGUGAAGGACCUACAAAACUUGGAAAACCAGUUGGAGAUGAGUUUGCGAGGUGUCCGAGUUAAGAAGGAACAGAUUUUGAAUGACGAAAUACGAGAAUUGAGUCGAAAGGGAAGUAUGAUUCACCAAGAAAACGUGGAACUAUAUAGGAAGGUGAACCUUGUUCGCCAGGAGAACAUGGAGUUACUAAAAAAGGUUUAUGGGACGACGGACGUGAAUUUGUCAAGUGAAAAUGGGUUUUAUCCGUAUGAACUUCGCACAACAGAAGAUCCGCACGUGGCCAUUCAUCUGUAGCACGUUGACCCGAGAGAUUAUAUGUAAGCAAUAUCGGAGUAAUUAACGAGUUGCGGUAACAUGUAUUAUGAGUCGUCCAUGCAGUUGUUUCCAGGAUGAUGUCGUUCCUUUUUGUUUUCACUUUUGUUUUUCCUUAGAAAGCUUUGGCACUGAAUGGCAAU